AGCCCCCGUGAGCGCGGAAGAUGGGGCUGUAGUCGCUGCUGUCAAUUAAUUGCCUGGGCUCUCUGCCCUGGCACGUUUUCAGCCCCCUUGACAGCAAAGGAAGGCUCCUGUGUACUUAAACUGGGCUGGUGGAGUGUGUGCACGGAGAUCCGUGCCUUUCGUAACUGUAGAGCGGUCAGGCCCUCGCCUUGCACAUGUCUUAAAGAUAGCUUUGACAGUUCAAACUCAAACUACCACUUAAUUGUCCUCAGAGUUAGUUGCCUGUGUUCUGUAUAGGAGUUUUCAAUGUCCUGUUGUGCUUUUUAAGAUUUGGAUGGAGUCUCAGUAUCUGAAGCAAUGCCUGGGAAAUUGUUUGAGGAAGGGACUGGCAGAGGUUGUAGAGCAUCGGCCAGAAGAUCCAAUAGAGUAUCUUGCACACUGGAUUUACAAUUACAGAAGAAACUUAGAUGAAGAAAAAAAGAGAAUGCUGGAGAGAGCUGAGAUAGAACAAGAACGGGAGGCAGCCCUAGCAGAACUUGAAAGGUUAAAAAUCCAGGAAGAAGAGCAGCGGAAACUUGAAGAACAACGUCAGGCUCAAUUGGUGAAAGAACUUGCAGAGUUGGAAGCACAGAAAAAAGAAGCUGAAAUGCAGUUGCAGCAGGAAGAUCAAGAGGAAAAUGAAAACACAAUAGCUGAAGGAACAGAUAGAUCUGGAACACCUACUUCACCCAAAGCUGAGGAGCCAGAUGAGAGUGAACCUAGUCAAACAGAUCUCCCAACAGUAGAGGAAGAAGAAGAAGAAGAAGAAGAAGAAGAAGAAGAAGAAGAAGAAAGCUAGAACUGACCUGAGAGCAGUAAAUAUAUUUUCUACUCCUUAUUUGCUGUCCUGAAGUGUAGUAUCUUGAUUUAUGUAUUUUAUAAAUAUAACUGAUUUACAUAACUGUUUCUCUGGUGUAUGUUUUCGAGGUGUUUGUAUAAAGUCUGUUAUUUCUGACACUGUUUCUUAAUUUUUAUUCUUAAAGCAUAAAGUAGCUAGCAUGGCUGACUUGCAGGAAGAAAACUGCAGCUGAAGUGAAAGCAGCAAAUAUAUUUUCUACUUAUUGCAUACUAAAGUAACUAUAAUAAAAAUAUAACUAAAGUUUCAAUAUGAUUUGAGGAUAGAUGCUGCAAUAUGAUAAUCGGAAUCAAUAUUAAAAUAAUAAAAUAUUACUGAAAAUUAUUUUCCAAUAAUUGGAAUGGUUUCUGACAGAAAAAGGGAAUGCUCUGCAGAUUAAAAGAUGGAGAGAGUAUUCUGGACAUCAAACUUGGUGCAAAAAUCCAAUCAGAUUUCCCAAAUAUAUUUGAAAGAGGUAAAUUUAACUCUGACUCAGUAUAUACUAGAAGAUCUUGUCUCACAGAAGUCGUUAGGUGAUCUUUGUAACAUGAUGAGUUUGCUCUAGGCUUUAUUAUUGGAUAAAUAUAUUUAUUAUUAGAACCUUUUCUGGGUGUUGUGUAGUGCUAGGUAAGCUGAAAAUGUCUGUAUAUUAGUCUUGAUUAGUCAAGUUCUUAAGACUUUUCUGCAUUUUUCCUGAAUUUAUAAAUCAAUAAAUUAAAUGUGUUCUCUACUAAAUACCAUUAUUAUUUCCAAAACUUCCCUUCUAAAAAUUUAGAAAAAUAUUUAGCUUGAUCCAUGGUUAUCUAUAAAAAUAAGUUUUCUAAUCAUUAAAGAUAGCAUUUUUACAAAACAGAUUUUUGUACUCACUGGUAUCUUGGUGUAGGUUGUCAAGAAUGUUCUGUCCCUUCAUUAUAAAUGGAAAAAACAUCAGCAUUAAGAAAUCCUGCUGUUCUUCAAUAAAAUGUGCCUUUGCAUCCCUGUCUUCUACUACAGGUUAGAUGAUUGUGGCCAAUACUGUGCAAUGAAAGUAUCUUUCAUUACAAAAUCUGUGCAUAGUUAAUGCAUUCGCUGCAUUCUUCAGUCUUGGGAUGAAAGAGAUUUUUCUGAUAAUUUCACUUCGUUUUUUAAUAGUAUUGCUGAGUCUAAGGGUUUUGCUAUUGUUGGCAAACUAUUAAAAAUAACUAUGCACCUAUAACAGACAAAGGUCAAUCACAUAAUAAUUGUUUGUCUGCUCUGAAUAACUUGUUUUGAUCACAUAGAUCAGAAUAAGAAUAAUCUUACAAAAUUUUAAAAACAUGAGCACUAUUGAUUUUUUAUAUAUUAAUGUAUUAUUUUUCCCUUAAGGAUAAAAUACCUCUAUUAAAAAAUCCUGUGCCCAUCUUAUUGCUACACUGCCUUUUGAAUACUGUUAAUAGCCAUGUCUUACCUGAGCAUCCUUAAAGUCAAAGGAGGAAAAUGUCAUUUACCAGGUAUAAAUAUUUAGAAAUGUUUAUGUAACUUUUGGAGUAAUGCAAAGUGGAACUAUUUUUUGUGUCUAAGUGGUCAGGCUUUGCUAUCUAUAAUAAUUCUGAUUUGUUUGCAGUUUCUGCGAUAGUCAAAACCUUUCCUGUGGUAUGAAUACACCCUUGUGGUUAAUGUUCCAGUAAACAGAUUUUGACAAAGUUUACAAUUAUAUUUGUUAGUAACAGUAACAGUAGAGUAAUUUAAGGACACACUGUGAUAUCACAGUUCUAAUUACACCUGUUCACACUGCAUGCACAGCACCCUCUUGUGCUAAUCUCAAAGGGAUAGAGUAAAUGAAUAAACAGAUGGAGUUUGUCUUUUAAACCAAUAUGUAUAACUGAUUCUUAAUAUUUAAAUUAACACUUUCAAAAACUGGUAACUCAUGUCCAUUUACAUUUAAUGUCCAGUCAUUUUGACCAUGAAAAUUUCAACUUUCAUACAGCCUUCAAAAUGUAAGACACUAUUUUAAAACAUGCUAAAAAUUAAUUAUAAUGACAUGUUGCUUUCAUUUUUUUUUAUUGUUUCAUACUGUUUGUAUCUUUGUUUGAUUUCAUUAUAUGUAUGUCCACUAGAGUGCAUCCUAAAUAAGCACACUGGGAGCUCUGUCAAUUACAGCCCAUGAAGACUA